AUGUCGUACCAGGUCUACAGCGGACUGGGCCAGUUGAACAAAACAGAGGUUGAGAAACAUAUAAUUCUUCCCGCUUCUCAACCAAAUGGUGCGAUUUUCUUAUAUGGGAACUAUAAUAGUUUCGUUUUUCAGCGUUUUGUACCUGGUUCCACAGCUUGAAGACCCAGAUCAUCAUCGCCUGGCUUGGAGUUUCCGCCGGAAUCAUGGCUGGCACUGUCUUUGCCAUCCAGUAUCAGGUGGGAAAAAAGUCAUGGAAAUCCUGAGGCCAAAAACAACAAAUUUUUAAACUUUGCGUUCCUAUGAAAUUUUUAAAAAUUCAUACAUUACUCAACAAGGGAGGUCACUUCCUUUUGCGGUUAGGAGAUCCUUGGAAAUUGGCCCGAACACUUUCUGAUUUACCAAAAAAAUAUCCUGCAGUUUCCCGGGUUUAUGAGAAAUGAGGACUCAAAGCCUCAAAUUGGCUUAUUUCAGACAUUGAGGGUUUUCUCCGACUUAGAGGUGUUCAUUCUCGAAAACUAGGAAUUUGUGCAGGUUGAGACCUUCAGGAUCUACUUUUGGUACCUCAAGGAGGAACUUGGACUGAAAACUACCGUUCGAAAAAAAAAAAUCGAAAAUGAAAAAAUCAUAAUUUAAACAAAACUAGACAAAUUUCAAUAAAUCCCGGUGGAUAUUGCUUUUUUUAAAAUAGUUUUAUAAAAAUUUCUGCUUACGAAGAAAUUAUCAAAAAAAAAUUUCAGAACUGGUCGGCGGUGACGUUGGCAUACAUUUCCAGCGCCUUCGCAACGAUAGUUCUUCAUUUACAUUUGGCCUUCAAAAAAGAAAGAAUACACCUUUGGGCUCCGAAUAGGUUGCGUUGCAUUUCGACCAUCGGUAAACUCAUUCUUUCCAGUUUUCUUCAAAAUACAAGGAUUCAGGGUUGACGUUCGCUCUCCUGGGUACAAUCGGCAUGGUUUAUUGUUUGAUAUCAGCCGGAAUUCAACAGCAAACUUUGACUCGGGAAGGUAAAAACUUCGUUUCGAUCUAUCCAUUAACUUGCGGUUUCAAGGUUUAAUGGGAGAGAACUUGUGGAUAACAGCCGUUUGGAUGUUCAUGACAGCCAAAUGGGGAUCUUUGACGUGGAAGUUCGGAAGAAAAUACCGUUGUUAUAUCGAAGAAACUCGGCCUCUUCUUGCGCCUCCUCCUUAUAAUAUUUGA